CGUUUUUGCUCGUGCACGUCGUGGGAGCCCGGGCUGUCGAUAGCCCGCGCAUGCGCUGUAGUCGUUUCAAUUUACCACCCUCCCCCCCCCUAACCCCCGCGCCUGCUACUAGUACAAAACACAGUGUAAACUCCCGUCUCUCCCGACCGCUUUAUUUUCCUUCGUGUACGCUGUAGAGUGCUGACGUCUGUAAUUCACCGCGGAUCGACAUAGUAUUAACGCAGCACAAAACGUUUGAAUUUCUGCAUUAUAAAGAUGUCCAAAAAUCCACUCAUGAACUGUAAGUCGCGUAAGCAACGUAAGAAUACAGGUCCAAUUCUCGAACCCAAAGAAAAACUAUUUUGUCCUCGCACAAUGGUGAGGUACGAUAAUACAAAAACCGUAUACAGCACUGUGUGGUCGUGUAAAAUGUGUCUAAAGAUCCUUUUGAGUGAAGAGGCUGCUCGGUCACAUGUAAUCAAUUGCAACGACAAAAAACAAAAACUAUUAAAACCUAAACAAGAGCCUAAAGAUGAUGUUGUUCUUCCUUAUAUAUGUAGCACCUGUAACAAGGUGUUUUCGAGGAGUGUUGCGUUGAAGAGACACGUUGAAGUGCAUCAAAAGCCACCUAGUGAUUUUGAGUCCGAAGAAUCUGAUAAUGAAAUGGCCGAUAAUGGUAAACGUGUAAAAAUUAAAGCUGAACAUAUAAAGAAAGAAUAUAUAUAGUCGAUUCUGAUUGAUUAAAUGACAGUGAUUUAAUCUAA